AUAAAAAAUUUUGUCAACAUAACCUGGAGUAAAUACGUUUAUUUAUGUCACUGUCCAGGUCCAGGAGUUUGUGAUCACAAAAUAAUUUAUUUAAUUAUUUAUUUAUUUAAAAAGAAAACUUAAAAGUUUUUAAAAUGUCUGAGCGUAAAGUAUUAAAUAAAUACUAUCCUCCGGAUUUCGAUCCAUCGAAAAUUCCUCGUAUGAAAUUAGCCAGGAACCGGCAGUACACCGUGCGAUUGAUGGCUCCAUUCAAUAUGCGCUGCAAGACCUGCGGCGAGUACAUUUACAAGGGUAAAAAAUUUAACGCACGCAAGGAAGACGUCGAGGGAAGCGAUUACUUGGGGAUAAGGAUCUACCGGUUCUACAUUAAGUGCACGAGGUGUCUGCAGGAGAUAUCUUUUAAAACUGACCCGCAGAAUACCGACUACGAGAUCGAGGCCGGGGCGACGAGGAAUUUCAUGGCUUUGAAGCUGGCGGAGGAACAGGCGCAGAGAGAGGAGGAUGAAAAGAACGAGGAAGAGGCUUCCAAUCCGAUGAAACUCUUGGAGAAGAGGACACAGCAGUCAAAGCAGGAGCUCGAGUUGCUGGAGUCUCUGGAGGAGCUAAAGGAUUUGAAUAGACGUCAGCAGACCAUCGAUUACGACCAGAUGCUCCAGCAGUACGACACCCAGGCGGUUCGCCAGAGGACUUUGAAGGAACAGGAGGAGCUGGAUGAGGAAUACGUCAAGUCGGUUUUUAACAAAAAGAAUAAAGUCACUGGGACUGUUGUCGAGGAAGAAAUUGUCGUACUUCCGGAGGACUCGCCGAAUAAAAAAUUUAAAUCGACAGCAAGUACUUCGGCUGAUACUAAAUCUGGAGAGAUUAAAUCAGUGGGUUCAUCAUCGACUUCCGUUUGGUCUGCGCCGACUACUAAUUCACUGAGUUUGGCAAAAAAAAAAUCAAUUAUCGGCAUUAAAACAGCUGGGGGUAAUAAACUGGCGGAAAAAAUAGAUGAGAAAAAAGAAAGUACUCCAUUGGUGGUUAGUGGGAGUCUAUCAUUAUUGGGAAAUUAUUCAGACAGCGAUAGUGAAGAUCAAUAAAGUAUAUAUCUAUUUCAUAAUUUGUAAAUAUAAAUUUAAUGAUAAAUAAAUAAAAAUAAAAAUGCCAUUUAAUAAAUUUAUAAAAUAAU